GACACUAAUAAGGACGCUUAGUAAAUGCCCAUUCCACGUUAGCAGCAGUACCUUCUAGCGCAGAUUGCGGCGGACACAUUUACACGCGUACCAAGCCAAGAUUGUCGGUUGUCGGUUGUACAUAGCACCCGUACCUCGUCGGCCCACGCGCGGGCCAACCAUCGCGUCGACACCAUUUUCGGCUGCUCCUAGAUUCGCCGUGCCCUAUCACUCCUAGUUUCCGGCUUCCCAUUUGACGGAGCUCGUCUCGUGCCAGGCCCCAGUUCUUGCCGAGGAUUGUCCCACACCCCUGUCAUUUUUUAGAAUUGUCAAUAUAUCGUUCCGGGCCCCAGUCCUUACCGCGAACGAUGUUGUUCCACGCGGCGGGCGCGGAGGGCAGCCGGCCGACGUUCUUCGAGAUGGCGGCCGCCGACUACCUCCCCGCCUCGCUAAAGGCCGCCGCGUUAUACGCGCUAGGGGUGCUGGCGCAGCACCGCCCGUCGCUGCACCGCGUGCUGGACUACAGCGACGAGCUCACCGCUGCUGCGCUGCUGCUGCUCGAGUGGCACUCGUUAAAGACACAUGGAGCGUCGUUCGGCGAGUCCAUGUACGGCCUUCGCCGCAUCUCCACCGUUCCCCGUCGCCCUCCUCCGAGCCAAGCAGCAGCGAGAGCAGGGGGAGCAGCAAGGGGUGCAGCAGGAGGUGCGGAGGGGGCAGGCAGAGGAGAGGGGGCGGCAGGGGGGCAGGAGGGGGGGGCUGUAUCACAGGGCAUGUCUGGCAAGCAACGAGCGCUUUCCCUGCUCUUUCUGGUGCUUCUGCCCUACAUCCGCACGAAGCUGCACACCCUGUUUGCUGCGCGGCAAAGGCAGAGACAAGCACGGGCGCUCUGGGUGGGGGAGGAGGAGGGGGGAGACGAGGGGUGGGGUGAGACGGGGGAGGGGGGGUGGGGCAUGAGCAGGGCGGGUGAGGAUGCGGAUCCUGGGCAAGCGGAUGGGCACAUGGAUGAGUAUGGUGGGGUCAGUGGUGGUGUGGGGCGUGGCAACAGUGACAUCAGUCCUAGCAGCUUGGAUUCGGCUGGUUCCGUGGGUGACGGGAUGAGGGGUGGUGGAUUUAGGGGUGAUGGGCUCAGUAGGGGGGAGACUGGUGAAGGAAUAGCUUCAGAGGAGGGGAGGGCGGUAGGAGGAGGGGGGGCAGAAGGAGGGGGGGCAGAAGGGCAUGAGGCGCGGGGGGUUGGAGGAGAGGGGCAGACAGGCGGGCAGGGAGGUUGGGUGGUGACAGGAGGUGCUGCUGCCAGGGGCAGUGUGGUAAGCAGGCAUGGUGGGGGGAGCAGCAGUAGGAGGUGGCGGCAGGUGCUGCGAUUGCUGCGGUCCGUGCAGCGAAGGGUUGUGCAAGGGGCGGCUGCUGCUUACCCCUGGCUGCAGGCGCCGUAUGAAGGCCUGAAUCUGCUGUACCAGCUGCUCUAUGUGAUGGACGCCACGCCGUACUACUCGCCCAUUCUGCACCUCCUCUCGCUCUCACUGCGCCGAGCCACGCCGCAAGAGCUGGCGGAGGCCUCUUCCUCCGUGUCGGUGCGCCGCCAGCGAGAGUUCGAGCGCCUGCCGGGCCCACCUGCGCUGAGGGCCAUGCAAGCAGCGCUCCUUAAAGCCCUGUAUUUCGCCAUGGACUAUGCCCAAACGUCCGUCAUCGCUGCUGUCUUCGCCUUCAAGAUGGCCGAGUGGUGGUUUCAAACGGGCGAGCAGAAGCUCAGCGCGCCAACCGUCUACCCGCCACCACCGCCGCCACCACCACCCAAGGUGGCCCCUGCAGGCAUCCCUGUGCCGGCUGACCGCUCCUUGUGUCCUCUCUGCCUGUGCCGUCGCACCAACCCCACCGCCCCUGCCACCUCCGGCUUCAUAUUCUGCUACCCCUGCAUCUUUGCCUAUGUGGACAAGUUCGGUCGCUGUCCAAUCACCCACCAUCCCACAAAUGUGGACCAACUGAGGCGCCUCUUCCCAGAUGCAUAGUGUCUGGUAUUAGUGGAAUGUUACCAAGUUUGUGGUGGCCUCGUACAGCACCUGACACGUAAUGUAACGGUUGAGACAAUCUGGAAUGCUGUUUGCUCAAGUGCGCCUUAAAUACGCACGGUGUUUGCCUACUGAUUCAGCCGUGUUAAGAUUAUCAAAAGAAAGACCUCUUGCAGGAUGUAUGGGAAGCAGCUAUGGGGAAGACUGUAGAAGUAAUAAUCCCCUUAGUAGAGGAUUACCCAACGGGCUAUAGUAUUUUGAAAGGUGGUGCAGUAGACUAAGUAUAGAAUCUGCAACCACAAGUACGGUACUUAACCAAGGAUCUUUGCUGGAAUGGUAGACUAGUCAAACAGCGGAAGUCUUAUAGGAGUGAACCUGAGCACAUGAAUUUAUGGGU